ACCCUCCCUUGACCGUGUUAACGUUGUACGCAUGCGCGACGCGGAUUAAAGUCCCAACCUAGCUAUAUCUCAGCGUUUGCAAUAGUUCUGCGAAUAAAUAUCUCAGUGUACAGUAUUUCGUUGUUAACCAAACCAUUCAUUUAAAUACAGAUAUAUAUCAUAAAUAAUAAUUUUAAGGAAAAGUGUUACCGGAAAGAGUUAGGGUUACAUUAUGUACCUAGCUAGUUAGCUUAGCACCAGAGACCCAGCUAUGUAGAAGACAACAAGCUAAACGCUGUCAGGACCUUCAGGUGAUUCAGCUGCUUGUUUUUUCCAGAAACAACGUUCACUAAGAGGUGCUUGAGAAAUAUUACAGUUUCUUGACAGGAGCAUUUUAUUGAGAAUGAAUUAGGACCACAUGGCAUCAGAAGAAAUGGAGGGCAUGUGCCCUCUGCCGGAGAUGACGACCAUCAAAGUGGAGCCUGCUGUCAAUAUUGGCACUGCGGAGGAUGCCAGCUCCCAGAAUGUGGCCAUGGGCCCCAAAUUUAUCUUGCCAAACCGCUUUGACAUGAACGUGUGCUCACGAUUUGUGAAGUCUCUGAAUGAGGAAGAGAGUAAGAACAUCCAAGACCAGGUGAACUCUGACCUAGAGGUAGCGUCAGUGUUGUUUAAAGCGGAAUGCAACAUUCAGACCUCACCGUCUCCUGGGAUCCAGGUUAGACACGUAUACACACCUUCCACCACCAAGCACUUCUCACCGAUCAAGCAGUCGACCACACUUACCAAUAAGCACCGUGGCAACGAGGUCUCGUCCACUCCGCUGCUUGUUCACUCUCUGUCCAUUCACCAGCUUGCAGCACAAGGAGAAAUGAUCUACUUAGCCAGCCGAAUAGAACAAGAGGCAGCAAUAAACCUGCAGGAUGAAGAGGGCUUCACACCACUAAUGUGGGCUGCAGCUCAUGGUCAGAUCGCUGUGGUGGAGUUUCUGCUCCAGAGUGGUGCAGACCCCCACAUUUUGGCUAAAGGAAGAGAAAGUGCAUUAUCAUUGGCCUGCAGUAAAGGGUACACAGAUAUCGUCAGAAUGCUCAUUGACUGUGGUGUGAAUGUUAAUGAAUAUGAUUGGAAUGGAGGAGCUCCUAUACUGUAUGCGGUGCACGGGAACCAUGUCCGCUGUGUGGAGCUUCUUUUGGAGAACGGAGCUGACCCAACCAUGGAGUCUGACUCGGGCUUCAAUGCUAUGGACAUGGCAGUAGCAAUGGGCCACAGACAUGUUCAGCAGGUGAUGGAAGCACAUUUACUGAAGCUGCUACAAGGAAUCAAAGAGUGACUGCAACUAGUGAAGACAGCCUGCAUGUGAAAAAGGGCACAGAAGAAGACUGAAGAUUAAUGCUGUGGAGAUCAGUUAGAGGAAACCAAUGAACUUUGUGCAUGUUUACAUUAGUUGAAAGUUACUGAAGCUAAUUUCAUCUUUCAUUUCUCUCUUUUUUAAGCUACAUGUUUAAGUGUACUGUGGAUAUUUAUUCAGUGUUUUGGUCACUGUGUGUGUGUGUGUGUGUGUGUGUGUGUGUGUGUGUGUGUGUGUGUGUGUGUGUGUGUGAGAUCUCUAUCAAGGUUUUCCAAUGAAAUAGCUGUUCUACAAUAAAAUUGGACAGAGUUGUAGACUA